AUGGCUACCUUGGUGAAGCAACUGCCCCUUCUCUUCCUCCUCCUCCUCGCCUUCUCUGCGUCCCAAUCAAUCCAUGCAAGAGAGAGCCAGUUCUUCAGUAAGACCUCAAGAGAAGAACCCAAGGAAGCCGCUGCACCCUCAAAGGGAGAGGCUCCUGCGGCCACCAAGAAGGAAGACCCCCCUGCGCUCCCUCCCCAAAGCCAUAAUGGCCAUGGCCUUUACGGGCGUGGCCCCUACCGGUUCUCGCCCACCACCACGAGCAGCUACGGCACCUACAACUACAACGGCGGCGCCCGUGGGAAUCGCUAUUCUACCUUCCAAUCCGGCGUCCCGGCUGGCACUGAGCUGGGUGGCGAAGAGAAAUUCGAGAACGGGGAGGAGUAUCAUGCGGUGUACAACUACGGCACGCGAUGGAAGCCUGACAACAACCGCCCCUCGUCGUUCUCGAACGAGUACGAGACGACGCCGACGACGACGCCGCCGGCGGAGUGGAAGGGCGAGACCGAUCCCACCAAGCAGUACGGCAUGAGCGACACCCGGUUCUUGGAGAACGGCAAGUACUUCUACGACGUUAAUGCCGAAGGGAAACAGUACGCACAGCGUUCCUACCAGUGGAGGGGAAACCCUGAAGGAUAUGAGCCGUACACCGGCGCAAGAACUGGCGGCUACGGCGACAGAAGAUAUGGUUCUUGGAGGGGCGGCUACGGACACAGCAAUGCCGGGGAAGAAACGACGAGGCCGCCGAAGUCCUUCCUCCCACGGCCUUGGCGCGCCAGACCCCUCUCCCAUCGCCCAGAGGAGGGCUUCUUGUGUGACACCUUCCGCUUCCUCGCCUUCUCCGCUGCCGAGAUCCCCGCCAGCGACUACCUCUCCCUCGACGAGAUCCUCGGCCCCACUGGGACCCCCGUCGCCGCCACGUUCCUCGCGGCCGGGAGCCGCAUGAUCCGGCCCCAAAAGGUUAAACUAUCUAUCUAUCAGUAG